AAAUAUGGAAGAGGGUUUGUCAGAGUUUUGUAUUAAGGGGGGUGUAAAAUGUGGGAGAUGGAAUCCUACUACUGAGCAAGUUAGGGUCCUGACUGAUUUGUUCAGAGCAGGGCUUAGGACCCCAACUGCUGAGCAAAUUCAGAGGAUCUCAUCUCAGUUGAGCUUCUAUGGAAAGAUAGAGAGCAAGAAUGUGUUCUAUUGGUUUCAAAAUCACAAGGCUAGAGAGAGACAGAAGAGAAGAAGAGUGAGUGUGGAGAAGCAACAGCCUGUGCACAGAGAGGAGAAGCAACAACUAAUGGCUGCCUUCUUUACAGAGCCAGAUCCAGUUCAGUCGGUACUUUACGAAACAGACAUUCCCAUCAAAACUCUGCAACUAUUUCCCCUAAAAUCAUAUGAGAGAUCAGAAGAAGAAAAGGUGGAAUUACUCUCAUUUGGAGCAAAGGACAUGCCAUUUUCACAAGCUUUCCAUUUCUCUCAUUUCAUCAGUACAAGAGAUCCAUUAGAUCUACGGCUGAGCUCGUGAAAUCAAGACCUCGUUCAAAGAAUUCAGCAAAAAAUCCACAGAAAUUACAGUAAUAGAAGCCAUUGAAAAGGAAACCAAUGUUACCAUACUAAAUUCAUGUAUU